AUGGAUCGCAUGACCAAGGAGGAGAUGUUGCGGAUGUUGACCGAGAUCGGCGAGCACGUCCCAGACAACUGGACCCGAGCCGAGAUUCAACACCGCAUGGAGAGUUGUUACAAGGCCCGCGGCAUCGACGUGAAGACGGCGUUCAAGAAGCAGAAGACACCGCUUCGCAGCAAGAUAGCCCAGCUCAAUGCUGCAUCCCGGAAGAAAGCGGACCUUGUCAAGUUGCUCCAGGAGGAGUUCAUGAUGGAUGUGAACCCGCUCCAGACGAUCAAGCAGCUCCAGGGGAAGGCCCUGGACUACAUCUACGAGCACACGGCGUGCUCCCCGGACGACCAAGUAUCCUUCGGAAGGCAUGCCCAGAUGACCUACGUGGAGCUCAAGGGCAGCUAUCCUCAGUACUGCGAUUGGGUGAUCAAGACGAGUCGCGAGGAAAAGGAGUGUUGCAUCCACCUUCGGCGCUUCGCCAUGUGGCUGGAGCAAGAGAAGAUGGAACCAAUCACCACAGGGGCGGAGGCCGCUAUGGGAAGCCUACAGGAACCUCCUCCCGAAGAACCUCGUUUCUCAAUGGAGCCCAUGAGCAAGUCCAAGGCAAAGGCCUCCCCGAAGAAAGGGGGGUACAAAGGGCGAUCAGCACCAUCGGCUGCCAGUGCGCCCAGCGAGGUCUCGAUCAAGACGGAGGUGCUCCAGGACUUGGUGCACUCGGUGGCGGCGCUGCGCGAAGAAGUGGCGAACAUGAAGGAGGAGCGACCUCGGAAGAAGGAGAGUCGCAGCGAGUUCUCGUUGGUGAGCUCACCAGCGGAGCAGGAUAAGUGUCGCCAGCUUAGCGUGGGGUGUGCCUCUCGGUUAGAAGAUGCGGCCUGGAGCCUAGUUCCAAAGACUUUCCAGGAUUUGGUCAAUCAAGGGUGUGCGGAAUGGAAUGGUGUGGACCUUGCGGUUACGGCUGGGGAGCUGAGCUACCAGGCGGUGAAGAUGGAGUGCACAGGCCGAAAUGUGAUUGCGAGUCACGACGUAGGUAAGCGAGAGAUGGUGAUAGGAAAGGCCCCUGAGUACCAGACGUUCGGUGCCUUCAGUCAUGGAGGACAGUAUGGCACGACCGUAGUGUGCCAUCAGUUUCCGGAGACGGUAAAGUACUUGAACGCUUUUCUCAGGAGCAAGACCCGUGAACAUGACCAUUGGUCUUCAUUCACCAUCAAUCGGAAUCAGAAACUUCCGAUCCACCGGGAUGUGCACAACCAUGCCCAGGAGCUCAGCAUGAUUUGUGGGUUCGGAAGCUAUAGCAAAGGGGAGCUUUGGGUUGAGGAUCCUGAUGUGAGGCUUGAGGAAAAGGUGGUCCAGAGGCUUCCGGAUGGUCGUGAGGUUGAAGGACGUAAUUUGGAAAUUCGACAUCAGCUGAGCUACUUCAAUGGAAAGGCAUGGCAUGGCCCACAGCCAUGGACGGGCAACAGAAUCACGCUCACUGCCUACACGAGUCGAGGUGUGAAUCACCUCACUGAAGAACAGCGAGGGUUGUUGAGUAGGACCUUGCGUUUAGACCCUGCUGGCGCCUUCAGAAGUCACUUGGUUGAGGAGUACUGUGAUAAACACGGAAUCUUCUUGGAUAUCAUUCCGGGUGAAGCUCAUUGGAAAAUUGGGGCUUGUGAGAACGCAAUCAAGGGAUUGAAGGAGGUUAUGGCGAAGCUUUGCACAAGUGAGCCGGAGUUGUCACUUGAAGAAGCCCUUUCUACGGCAGUCCGCACGUUCAACCAAAGGGAUAUGGUGCGUGGUUUCAGUCCGGUUCAGCAUGCCUUAGGUAGGAGCCCCGAUGAAACCGGUAGGAUCUUGGAUACUCUGCAUGCGCUUCCACCGGAACACUUGAUUGAGAACGCAUCGGGAGAGUUUGAGCGAGCUACCCGGCUGCGUCAGGGAGCUGAGAAAGCACAUGCGGAUUGGCAGGCGCAACAGCGACUCACGAGGGCAGCGAACUCCAGACACAAACCACGCCUUGACUUCGAACCCGGAGAGUUGGUGUUCUUUUGGAGAACACAGGAAUCCGGCCAGUCCAGGAAGAGCCCGGGAUCUAAACGCGGCCGUUUUCUCGGCCCCGCUCGGAUCCUGGCCGUAGAGACCACACGAGAGCCAGAUGGCACCCUAAAGCCCGGCAGUGCUGUGUGGCUGGUCCGUGGACGCAGUCUCAUGAAGUGUUGUCCAGAACAGCUUCGACGCGCAUCCCCGCGCGAAGAACUCUUAGAGACAUUAGCUGAGGACAAGCAGGCACCGUGGAGCUUCACUAAAGUCGCGGAGGAGAUCGGCGGCAAUCAGUACCAGGACAUCUCAGGUGAAAAACCUGAGGCCGAUGAAUGGCACCGAGCUCAGGAUGUGGAACAGGAGGUCCCACCCCGACGGGUGCGACUCACCCGUAAGCGCCCUGGACCUGCUGGGGACCCGGAUGCUAUGGAAGACGAAGCGGAGGCAGACCGAGAGCCUGCUACCAGUUCACGGCGAGUAGAUAGGUCUCAGUCGGGGCUCUUGGCUUCCGAGCGAGGAUCCGCCGGGUUUCCGGAAGCGCGCCGAUGGUGGGAGGAAGUCUCUGAGAGCGCAUGGGUCACUCAGGAUCUUGCCUACUGGAACGACGAGGCCGCAGCAGUAGCCGUAGAGAUUGAUACCCCAGACAGCAAACGAGGAAAGGCGCAGCUCCUAAGCGACAUGUCUGGGUACUUCAUUAGCUCUAUGAAGAGAAGGGCGGUCGAGGUGAGUGAAAAGAGAUUGUCUCCAGAAGAGAAGGCUCAGUUUAGAGAAGCGAAAAACGUGGAGGUCCGCAACUUCGUUGCGGCCAAGGCCUUCGAGUGUCUCCCUGAACAUCUACAACCCUCCCGAGAACAAGCCAUCGGCAUGAGGUGGAUACUUACGUGGAAGGUUAAAGAUAGUGGGGAGCGUAAGGCCAAGGCACGUGCAGUGCUACUUGGCUACCAGGAUCCUUCCUACGAGCACCGCUCGACUGCAGCUCCAGUAAUGACCAGGCAGUCCCGACAGUUCCAGUUGCAACUCACUGCCUCACGACGCUGGAGAAUCCAGAAAGGAGAUGUGUCAGGGGCAUUUCUUCAGGGAAGAGAGUAUAAGGAUACCUUAUACUGCACUCCGAGCCCCGAGAUUUGCGAGGCCAUGGGCAUCCCAGUCGGAAGCAUCACCAGGCUCAGACGAGCCUGCUACGGCUUAGUGGAUGCACCCCUUGAGUGGUACCGCACUGUGGCGGAGUUCCUGGAAGGGUUAGGAUUGGAGCGUCUGUGGUCUGAUUCUUGCGCUUGGGUCUGGAGGAAAGAGGGCCAACUUCGGGGUAUGAUUUCUGGACAUGUAGAUGAUUUCCUGUUCAGUGGGGAUGCCGAGGAUCAAGAAUGGCAAGCUAUACUUCAGGCCAUACAGCAACGCUUCAAGUGGAGCGAUUGGGAGACGGAUUCCUUCGUCCAGUGUGGCGUUCAGGUGACACGAGUGGAAGAUGGGUUUGAGUUGUCUCAGCCUCACUACCUUGAAGGACUCCACGAGAUCUGUGUGAGCUCGUCGCGACGGAAGGAAAAGGAGGCUCCCAUCACCGACCGUGAGAGAUCCCAGCUUCGAACCCUUCUUGGGGGUCUUAGCUGGCACGCACAACAGGUGGCGCCGCACGUGUCUGCUGAAGUGGGUCUUUUGUUGUCUGAGGUGAGCAAGGGAACCGUGAGUACCAUCCUUAGAGCAAACCUCCUUCUUUAUCAUACCAAGGCGAGAGGCGAGCAUAAGAUGAAGAUUCAUGCCUUCCACCCACAGGAGUCCCUGGCUCUGUUUGCCUGGGUUGACGCCUCCGAUGGGAACAGGCCAGAUGGAGGCAGCACCCAGGGCAUCUUCAUAGGGUUAGGACCUGAAGCGUUGUUCAGAGGUGACAUGGGCAGCGUGACGCCGAUCAGUUGGCACAGCACGAAGAUCGACCGUAUGUGCAGAAGCCCCGGGGCUGCUGAAGUACAAGCCGCCAUCAACGGAGAAGACCAGUUGCAUUAUGCCCGCUACCAGUGGAGUGAGAUUUUAUACGGCAAUGUCGACGUCCGGAACCCAGACGCAACAGUCCGCCAAGUCCAGGGCGGCCUCAUCACCGAUUCAAGGAACGUGUUCGACAAACUUCAAUCCGAAGUCUUAGUCAUCAAAGGCGCGGAGAAGAAGAGCAAUAUCGAACUACUGGGUCUUAAAGAGGCCCAGGCAAGGACUCAAGUCUGCAUCAGGUGGGUGCAUUCAGAAGCUCAGUUGGCCAAUGCACUGACCAAAGACGGCACAAACCGUGAACUGGAGUUAUACUACAGAAUGAGACACAGUUGGAGAAUAGUGGAGGAUCCAGAGAUGCAAUCAGCGAGAAAACGGAAGUCCAAGGGUGUGCUCCCGCUGGACAAUCCUGGAAGUACUAUUCACGAACAUAUUUAG